UGCAUUGCAAUAACUGAGCGCAGCAAAGGAAGACGCCACGCGGUUCUAGCGCUUCCGUGCUUCCGUCCAGCGUACGUUCGCUUCAAUACUUGUCCAUAGUUGACUAGUUGUUAAAGAGACUUCAUACCAUAUGGUCGUGUGUUAAUAUCCAAAUGUGAAACUAUUUCGUGUGUGCGAACUGUUUUGUUUGUGAUUAUACGGAUUUCUAUUUAUUUGGUCUCGUGUCAUGAACGUGUUUAUCUCUAUACAUCGCUUUUAUAAAAAUGGAUAGAUAAAGCAUAAGACACAUAACCAAACAGCCAUAAAAUAAAAAAGUUAAAAUGACAAGAAAGACUUCGAAAUUCAAAUCUCGUGAUGUUGUAGUGCAGUUCUAAAGACAACAUUUAAAUAAUAUUCCUUAGUGCAAGAAUUAUAUCAAAAAUGGAUGCACAUAAUGCAACUUUCUACCCGAGGGAAGCAACAAUAUUGGCUGCAGCCUGCGCGUGCAUCUUCAGCGUAGUUGGUGUGGUUGGUAACCUGAUAACAACAGUGGCCCUGCUGAUGCACCCGAAGCUGCGCGGCCACGUGACCACCAUGUUCGUGCUGUCGCUGUGCGUGUCCGACCUUCUGUUCUGCAGCAUCAACCUGCCCCUCACCGCGAACCGGUUCAUCCGCCAGCAGUGGGGGCUCGGCGAGAAGCUAUGCCAGAUGUUCGCGUUCGUGUUCUACGGGAACGAAGCGGUCUCGCUGUUGUCUAUGGUCGCUAUCACGAUCAACAGGUACACGUUGAUAGCAUACUAUGAUAUGUACACUCAAAUAUAUACUUCCACCAAGAUCUGGAUACAGCUGCUCCUGAUAUGGGUCGUCUCCUUCGGUUUAAUGGUCCCCCCACUGCUGGGCGUGUGGGGCCAACUGGGUUUCGACCCUAAAACGUUCUCGUGCACUAUUCUACCGAAAAACUCCAAAUCCCCGAAGAAGUACCUGUUCGUUUUCGGUUUUGCGUUGCCGUGCCUGGUCAUCAUCGUGUCCUACUCGUGCAUAUACUGGCGGGUAAGGGAGAGCAAGAGGAAGCUGGAGGGGCGCAGGUGUGUAUGUGGCAAAUUAAGUGGCCAAACAGCGAAGGAGAAAGAAGAAGACUCGCGCCUCACAACUCUAAUGCUGACCAUCUUCCUCUGCUUCCUCGCCUGUUUCCUGCCUCUGAUGAUUAUGAAUGUCGCCGACGAUGGCAUAACGUACCCUUGGCUUCACAUAAUAGCGUCCAUUUUAGCUUGGGCAUCCAGUGUUAUCAAUCCACUUAUAUACGCAGCAACGAAUCGACAGUACCGCGCUGCGUACGGGAACUUGUUGAAAUUUUGCAAAAACAAUCCGGUGGCUCGAAGGACCACGUGGGGCAGUAGAACUGUGGGACAAUCGUCAAAUUCGCCGCAGUACGGUGAGAAAGAGAAGAGGAACCACCAUAAAGAGCCAGCGAGAUUAUGAAUAAGUGAUUUCAAGUUAUGAACGAUGUGAUUUGAUAAUUCUAAUAAGAAUGGACCCCAAUUUGAGUAUAUGAUUGUUCUUAAAAAGUAAACAUUGGGACUAAAAUAAAAAAAAAAUGUGAUUUAUGAUCUGUGACUAUGAUACACGUGCGGUCCAACAGAAGUUGUAAAUUAAAAUUGAACUUGCCUAAAAUAGGCGUAGAUAUUUUAUUAAAAGUUGUUUAAAGUGGUACAGCAGUCAUUGAUAUUGUAACUUAUAAAUCUAGUUAAUUACACAUUAUUUAUAUACGGAACAAUCUUUAAAGGAAGUCACUGUAAUUAUCUGAGGUGUAUUCAUCCAUAAUAUUAAAUGAAAAUAAAAAAAAAAAACUAUAGCUGCAAAUAACGCCCAUAGACAACAUAUCUAGCAAGCUAGCAGUACGCGCAAGCGCCGUAAACGCUUUUAUACAUAAAAUUGUCACUACACAAGUCACGUGACUUGUGACGUGGCCAGAAAUUAAAGAUAGUACCUGCGGAUGUGGCUAAUAUAUGCAGUGUAAUAUUAAAAAAAAAAACAA